AUGGGUCGAAUUGAUGGGUAUCAUAUGAUGAUAAUUUCACAAUACUUUUGUUCAAUAAAAGAUUUCAUCUCAUUAGAAUUUGUAAAUAAAAAGUACAAAGGCAACAUGUCAAAAUUUCACUUUAACCCAAUCCCCAUUUAUAACCGAACUAUUAAUUAUUUUCCAAACAUAGAAACUUUAAACUUGUGGGAUGCCAAUGAUCCCAAUUUUGGAAAUGACAUUUAUGACAUUACAUAUUUUCCUACAUACAAAAGAAAUUUCUUUCAAGUCAACAUAUGGUUUGAAGUGGCAUUUACUGAUUACCUCAAUGUAGGUGCCAUCUCUUAUUUGUCAUUUAAAAAUUUGGUUGUAACUAACAAAGACCAAAAAUCUUUUAAAAAAAUUCGGUCAAUUGAAAUCCCACAAAAUGUUCGUAAAUUAGAAGAAAUGUGUUUUUGUGGAAAUGGUUCUAUUCAAUCAGUGAGUCUUCCUCCAACCGUCACUAUAUUAGGAAGAAAGUCUUUGUGUUCAUGCAAGUCACUUUCUACAGUAGAAAUGUCGGAGAAUAUAUACUCCAUUGGCGAGUCCUGUUUUUUCAAUUGCGA